GUGGGAGUCAAUCUGGAAGUAAAAUAGCAGUUUUUCACUUUUUUGAAACCCUUCAGCUUUCUGCAGAACCAUACUCUUCGUCUUCGACGGUGUUUUCUGAGGUGGCGGUUGAAUUUCUCAACAACGACGCUAUCAAUCAAUACUCUCAGUUUUUUCCAUCCACAAGCUUCAUUCAGUUCUUGCUUUGAUUUUCGUUUCGCGUUAUGGCAAAGAGAAAACGUUUGCGAAGUUCAUUGAGGUUAGCAUCUCAACAGCAUGGUGAUGUUCUUGCUUCCACAACAAAAGCUCCAACCCGUUAUUUGAGACCAGAUCAGGUUCCAUUGCCACCAGUUCAGGCUCCUACAAACUCCUUGCCAGCUAAUGAAGCCACGCAACAAGCAACAGUCAUGGCAAAGAGAAAACGUUUGCGAAGUUCGUUGAAGUUAGCAUCUCAACAGCAUGGUGGUGUUCCUGCUUCCACAACAAAAGUUCCAACCUGUUAUUUGAGACCAGAUCAGGUUCCGAUGCCACCAGUUCAGGCUCCUACAAAUUCCUCGCCAGCUAAUGAAGCCUUGCAACAAGCAUCAGCCAUGGCCCAGGUUAAACGUUUGCGAAGUUCAUUGAGGUUAGCUACUCAACAUCAAAGUGAUGGUCCUCCUCCUAUGGCGAAAGCUCCAUCCCAUUCUUUGAGACCAGAUCAGGCUCCCUUACCAUCAGUUCCAACUCCCAUAGCACCAGAUCAGGUCCCCUUAUCACCUGUUCAGACUCCUGUAAACUGUUUUCCAGCUAAUGAAGACCCACAACAUGCGGUAGAUCAACCUACUGAUUCAAACGUUGUACGUGGACGCUCUGUUGGUCGUGAGUCUACAGUAGGUUGGAACGUAGAGAUAAUAGACUCUGAAAACGUUCAUAAGAAAAUCAAGAUCAAGGUUAAGGAAGUUAGCAAUCUGCCUAGAGGGGAGCGGAUUAUUGUAGAGUUUGAUGAUCAGGGUUCAGCAUAUGGUGAAGCACAAGGUUUACUUGCUGGAUACUGUGGAAUAUUGGCAGCAAACUGUAAUCUCUUUCCAAUUAGUUUUGAAAAGUGGUUGGGAAAAACAGGCAUGCCUAAGACAUAUAAGGAUAAGUGCUUUGAUACACUCAUUAAGCCUCGAUUUUAUUUUAGGACUUCUGAAAGCAUUGCUUAUAGAUAUUGCAAUCAAAGUAUAGCGAAGAAAUGGGCAACAAGUAGACAAAGGAUAUGGAAUGAGUUUUAUGACCCAGCCCAGAGUAGAGAUGAAAUUGUUGAAAAUGUGCCAGUGGGCAUUCAAAGAGAUCAGUGGGCUGCUUUUGUUGAUUACCGUCUAAAACCUUCAACAAUGAAGCUUUGCAGAAAAAAUAAAGAAAAUCGAAGCAAGCAAACUAUUCCACAUACUUGUGGAGCUAAACCUAACUCAAGACGAAGGCAUGAAUUGUUGCUAGAAACUGGAGAAGCUCCUAGUCGAGCAAGGAUGUACAUUGAAACUCACAAGAGAAAGAAUGGAUCAUUUGUGAAUGAUGAGGCAAGAGCUGUAGUGGAACAAAUUAAAUUGAAUAUGAAACAAUCAAAUAUUCAUGAAUCUCAAGUGUCACCUGAUGAUGCUGUUGGUAAAGUAUUGGGGCCUGAGCACUCUGGUAGAGUACGAUGUAUGGGCAUGGGAGCAGCUCCUACUAAUACAUUCAGGAAUGUUAGGAGGAGUCGACUUACUGGCAUUGUCGUGCCUUCAUCUGAUGUUGCUGGAUCUUCUUCCCCAACUUACACAAAUUUACGGCAUCGGAUGACUCAAUUGGAGAUAAAGGUUCAAGGUUUAACAAACGUAAUCAAGGCAUACAUAAUAUCAAAAGAAGGAAAGAUUCCUGAAGAAUUGGCGGGCUAUUUUCCUUCUGAAAUAGAGCCUGAUGAUGUUGGGAGCGAGUCUACUCCACGUUUGGAUGCAAGGAGAUCGGCAACAUCGUCAUCAGAAGGGAGCAAUUCUAAUAAUGAAGCACUUUAAUAUCUCAAGAAUCGGUUUACAACACACUAAGUAGACGUUUAGUACAUGUUUUGUUCAUGUACUUGGGUUUUAUUUUACCGUUAUGAAUUUAAAGUUGCAAUUUAUAAGAUACAUGUUCAACUUGUAAACCAAAUUAGCUAUAAUAGUCACUUGAAUUAUUCGUCUAGGAUGGUAAGGAAACUCCUCCAUGCUAUGUUAAUAUAUUUUAUUUCCUCCUCUGCUUUUGUUGUGAAUGGACUGCGUAUGCUCCAUUUGGCCUUCAUGAUAAAGGUUGGUCCUUAGAGGUGUCACUAUUUACAAAUUGUAUAUACCUAUGUUAAAAAGUGUGUAUUACAUAUACCUACGUUUAUAUAGUUUAGUACUCACAAGCAAUAUGGUUGUAUGAUUCAUAACUUUA